AUGGUCAACGGUAACUUGAUGCUGCAGUCCGUUUCUUCACAGAACGCGGGCUUCAUCAAGUCCCCCAUGUCCGAGGUGAAGCUCACGGCCGACACGUUUGAGCUGUACUGUGACGUAGUGGGCAACCCCACCCCGGAGAUCCAGUGGUGGUACGCCGAGAUCAACCGAGCGGACUCCUUCAGGCAGCUGUGGGACGGCGCCCGCAAGCGACGGGUGUCAAUCAACACGGCCUACGGCGCCAACGCCGUCAGCGUGUUGGGGGUCACCCGUCUGGGCCUGGACGACUCGGGGACCUACGAGUGCAGGGCCAGCAAUGACCCGCGCCGCAACGACCUGCACCAAAACCCCGCCACCACCUGGAUCCGAGCGCAGGCCACGAUCACGGUCCUGCAGAAGCCGACCAUCGCCUCCUCAGAACACACCACCCUCCCCUCCGACUCCCACAGCCCCCCCAUCACCCUGCAGUGCAACCUGAGCUCCGCCCAUGGGGCCCACGAGGAGAGCUUCUGGAUGAAGAACGGGGAGGAGAUCGAGGAGACGCGCACCGCCAACAGGAACACAGAGUACAAGCUAGUGAAACCAAGGGGAGACGACGCCGCGAGCUACAUGUGCGUUUACACGUUCGAGACCGCUCCUCCGGCCAACGCCACCAUUGAGGUUAAAGCCGCCCCGGACAUCACGGGCCACAAGCGCAGUGAGAACAAGAACGAGGGCCAGCGCGCGGUCCUGUACUGCAAGUCGGUGGGCUUCCCCUACCCCAACUGGACCUGGCGCAAGCUGGACAGCGGAGCCUUCAUGGACAUCGACAACUCGUCCGGCCGCUUCUCGGUGAGCAAUAAGGACAACUACACCGAGCUCCGCAUCGACAACCUGGACAUCAGCCUGGACCCCGGGGAGUACCAGUGCAACGCCACCAACAUGAUCGGCACCUCCUCCAUCACCUCCAUCCUCCGGGUGCGCAGCCACCUGGCCCCCCUGUGGCCCCUGCUCGGGGUCCUGGCCGAGGUCAUCAUCCUGGUGGUCAUCAUCGUGGUCUACGAGAAGCGCAAGAAGCCCGACGACAUUCAGGACGAUGACGAACCAGCCGGGCCAAUGAAAACAAACUCCACCAACAACCACAAAGACAAGAAUCUCCGUCAGAGGAACACUAACUGAGCCGAAUGUCCCCCAUAUAUUAUAAAAUAUGUAUUGACCACAUGAAGGUAAACAAGAUGAAAGUGCAUAGGAUUUUUAAGUUAAUAACAAAUAUCUGCCAUUAAAGUAUGGAUG